AGUUCAAGAAACAAAGCGGUCCCUUGUGCAAAGGAGGGCGCUUGGCCUUGAUUGGCGAAGUCGAGGAAAAAAAGUUCAGUGAAAGAGUGUUUGUGAAUACAGGUGUUAUUAAAAGCCUACCUCGGCAGUCUUCGGUGUUUUCUACACGCGAGCCGCAGACAUAUGGCCAUGAACAGAGCGGCAGUGCUACAGCGAUACCUCGAUCUGGAUCAACCGGACGACGCUGUCUUCUGCACAUACGUCUUCGUCGAUGGAACUUUGGAGAGAACUCGAAGCAAGACCAGAACUCUGGACUUUGAGCCGAAAACCGCUGAAGAGUGCCCGGAAUGGACAUUCUGUGCCCUUGCAUCGUACCAGUGGCCCGACGCAGGCCCUAAGUCCGAAGCCUACCUGUCACCUGUCGCCCUGUUCAGGGACCCGUUUUUCAAGGGCCGCAACAAACUCGUCCUCUGCGAAGUACUCCAGCACGAUCGCUCACCAAUGAAGACUAAUACCCGCCAAAGCUGCCUCAACGCAAUGAACAAGGCGAAAGACCACCAACCCUGGUUCGGUAUCGAACAAGAGUACGUGGUAACUGAAAAAGACGGACACCCAGUGGACUGGCCGAGAGACUCUAGGCAUACAAUCAAGGCUCUAGGUCCCUACUGCUUCGGCGUCGGGGCUGAUGUCACUUCCGGGAGAUACAUAUCGAACGCUCACUACAAGGCGUGCACCUACGCCGGCGUCAAGAUGGCCGGCACAAACAGCGAGGGUAUGCUAUCUCAGUGGGAAUACCAGGUGGGUCCCCUGGAAGGCGUCGAAGCCGCCGACCACCUCUGGAUGUCGCGCUACAUAUUGGACCGUGUUGCCGAAGACUUCGGCGUGCUGGUCAGCCUGGAUCCGAUGCCUUAUCCACCGGGAGACUGGCUCGGUUCUGCCAUGCACACAAACUUUAGCACCAGGGCGAUGCGCAGCGACGGCGGCAUAAAUGUCAUCAGAGCUGCCAUCGAAAAGCUGAAGAGCAACGCCGACGCCGAUUUGGCCAGAUACGACACAGCCAGGGUGAAGCGAAACAAACUCCGGGUCGGAUCGGGAAUGAUGGCCACGCCUCUCGAGCAGUUCACCGCCGACGAGUGCUCCAAGGAGGUCAGCGUGCGCAUACCACGCACCGUAGUGGACGCUGGAAAGGGUUACCUGGAGGACAGACGGCCCGGAGCCAACGCGGACCCGUACACCGUCUGCGAGACGAUUGUCAGGACCGUGUGCCUAUAGUGUGACCGAUUAUAUGUCUCUGCCCGGCAAUCAUACUUCGCAAUCGCGCAUACGAAUGUUGCAGUUCUGAACACAUGCUCUGGCUGUGCCGAACCUUAAGUCUUUCAGCACCGUAGUGACCCCAGGUAACCACUAUUUCUUCUUUUUUUCUUCUUGAAACAUGUGAACCCAGCGUGCUGAAUUUAAAUGGUGCAUAUUUAGCAUUCGGCAAUCUGACAGAGAUGACGCUACUUCAUUUGGCUUUCAAUACAUGUUGCUUUCUUGCGGCUGCCGUCAUCUUGAAGGCACGAUAGACCAUGGACCCGAGGAUACCUUUUAUAGAUAUAUAAGUAUGUGCUCUUCCUAUGUUGAUAGUGCAGGUAAGCAUGAUGUAGGAGUAGCUAACGCUAAGGACUAUAGAAAUGAAGAGUUGUGCUUUCAUCAAAAGUGACCAGCAG